AUGACAACAAUUAUUCUUCCCACGGACAUUUUAUCAACAGAGCCUAGAAAACGCGGCUCUUAUGGCUCUCUUCUCACCCAUAUCGUCCGCGCGUCCCUUGAUGCCGAGGAAGCCGUCCAUAUCUUCGCCUCUCUGCUCCUUGGAACUCAUCAAUCGGGAUUUUCGAAAUUUGAUGCCCAUGUUGGCGACACAGCUUGCCAUAUUCGGGCAAGCCUCGUGCGAGAAUUAUACAUGUCGUGCAAGAAGGAGGACGCCGAAGGCUAUGCAUCGUUGCUUUCAGCGAUGGCGGUGCAUUUUAGACGUAUCCGCAAAGCUGCCGAGAUAACUUGCUUUCAGUUGACACAACAUCGUGCGAACCCUGUAGUUGUGGGUUUCAGUGCAAAGCAAGACACUCUUGACAAUAUCAUUAAUGCUCUCUGCAGCCUAAAAUUGGACGGCGCCGACGUCGAUAAAACUAAAUCAAUCUCUACAGGCCCUACCUUCAACAGAAGUUUUCUCCACCCACUUCGCUUCUUCGACUCGCUUGAACAGCCGGUAACUUCGGUCCUUCCAAGCGAACCAAGUCAUCUGAUCCGUUUUAUCAUCUACUCAUACGUUUUGUCAAAGUACAAGCGGUUCAUCAUGACGAAGAGCGGGUUAGGAUGUCGCUUGGAUCCUAAACUCGCCUGUGAAGAGGGCCUACGCUUAAUAAAGCCGUACUGGAAUAUCCAGAACAAAGAUUACCGGGAUGCCACACCGAAACCAAUCGUGGAGGAAUUCAAUGCCCUCCAGGCAUGGCUGUCUCAGUUUGGAUGCACCUGGCUCAGGUCUCUGUCCACUGCUAAUCUCGGGGGAUUACUACAUGCCAGACUCGCUCGGUCGUCUUUCCGAAAGUCUGUUAGGGGACAACAUGCAGCUGCCUGCUUCCCUGCAUUUUUGUUACUGCGGGAUCUAUGGGCGAAAUCAAGGCCCACUAUGUUUUUGGUAGAUCGAUUUUUCUGUUCACACGGCUCCCAUUACCGCCUUUUGAUCUUCGAGAUAGAUGCGAUCACACCAAGUAGGCAGCGCGGAAUGCCAUUGACAAUUCAAUGGAAGCUCACUGAAACGGACACCGCCACACUAGCUCGCGAGAAAAGCGAAGCCUCUCCAUGCCUUGUUCUUGUAGGAAACAGCAUCAAUGGUAAUAAUGAAGAGUAUAUUGGACGUGUUUUGGACACAGAGAAAAACAAUUCUCUCAAAAAUGUCAGGCACCACGAUGAUCAGGAUUGUGAUGACUUCAAACGCCAUUCUUCCAAACUGGGUGCUGCUGAUUUGGACAAAAUCCUUCUAGCUAGUUUUGGCGCGCACAAAUCUUAUUGCAUCCCACGAAAAGUUGACUGGGACGAAAAGCAGGAAAGAGAAAUAAUUCUGUCCAACCUGGGCUCCCACUUUGAAAUGGCAGAGUUCAGGCAAAUGUGGGAGAUGAACCGCGAAGCCAUCAAUGAGCUCGGAGCCGGUCCAGACAACCUAGAGGUGUUUAGACUACAGCACGUCUUCACUGAGACUAGAUUCGGCGUCGGUGAACUGAUCCGAUCAUGGGCUCGUGACGAUAACUUGUCCCCACUGCCAGUUUGA